AAGACAAAGGAGGAACCAGUUGCCGGCGACGGCGGACCAACGCCAAGAGCCGACCAUACGGAAUCCUCCUCUCCGCCGCCGUCCUCCCAACUCUGCGCAAUCCGCAGAUGAAUAGGCCCUGCUCAGAAGACCGCCACGAGCGUGCUCUUGUAGGCUGCGCUCCUGCACCGGCGACUGGACACCACUGGGGCAUUCAUGAGACAGCGACCGAUCGUCUCGAGGUUACGGUCAACGGAUCUUUCCAGCGGAGUCGGCGGCUGACACUCGGCAAGAGCGGACAUGGAGCGGACGUCUUCGUUUGUGGCAGUGCCGAUGGUCUUCCUGACCUGGCUCCUGGCCAGCAGCGUACCAGGAGCUCUGGCUCAGAACCGGUCAUCUGCGGACCAAGUGUUGUCUGCUCCGGUGUAUACGGGGACUGGAGACCUUGAAAGCUUCAGGACAGUGAGCCACUGCGACGCCACCGUGGACACGCCCGAGGGCUGGAUCUUCAGCCCCAACUACCCGGGCGACUACGACAACUUCCGCACGUGCACCUUCACGGUGCCCAAGCGGACCAGCGACGUGUGCACGCUGCGGCUCACCUUCAACGACUUCGAGCUGGAGGACAGUCCGGACUGUUUCAACGACUACCUCCUGCUGCCGGACGGACAAAAAAUCUGCGGCACGCUUCCACCGGACACCACCAGUGAGUCUCCCUAG